AUGGAUUCACAAAUAUCAAUUGAAUAUGGUAAAAAACCUAAAGUUGAUAACGAACAACAUAUCAUUCGAAAAAACGGUUGCAUGAAGGAAAUGACUGAUGUAUGCCAUGAUCAUUUUCGCAUUGAUAAAGAACAAUCGAUGCUUAUUGAUUGUCAACGGUUACUUGAACGAAAUGAACCAUUAGAUAAGCCAGAUAAAUAUGGCAUUACUCUUUUGCAUAUUGCUGCUGCAAAAGCAUAUUCAAGUGUAGUUCAUUUUCUAUUACAACAUUAUGUUAACGUAGAUCAAGUUGACGACACGGGCGCUACAGCAUUACAUCUUUGUGCUAAACAUGAGCAAGGUUUGAUUGUAAAAUUUUUACUUGACGCUCAUGCGAAUCCAACAAUUUGUGAUCGAUUUGGUCGAAAACCAAGUGAAGUGUGUGCAUUGAAUAGUUUUAUUCGUGCAUUACUCCUUAAAGCUGAAAUUAAAUUUGAAGAAAAACGAAAACGUGCUGAACAAAGUGAUGAUAGCUUAGAAGAAGAACGUGAAGAAACUAUUGAUAGUUUAUCAGAUGACGAUAAUAACAAUGAUGAUCUACAAAUUUUAUUUAAACCAAUACCACAAAAGCCACCAUUAAUUAUUUCUCAAAUACUAAACAACGAUGAUGAUAAUGAUGAUGAUGACGAUAUAAAAAUGAUGAAUAUUUUUGAUGAAAAAUUAAAUUACUGUACCAAUGAUGAUAUAUCACUUCCAUAUAAAUUACCUAAUGAUGAUUUGGCGCUAUUACCUGAAAUCUCUGAACAAAGUUUACUUUACGAUUUGGAGAUGCGCUAUCGGCAAGGUCAAAUCUAUACUUAUAUCGGAGAUAUCCUUAUCGCUUUAAAUCCAUUCGAUCACUUACCAAUAUAUGGUCGAAAAAUAUCUGAACUUUAUAAAAAUACAGAAUCAAUUGUUUCGUUACCUUCACAUAUUUAUGGAUGUGCCGAACGCUUAUAUCGAAAUAUGUUACGUGAAAAAACAUCUCAAUGUGUUGUUAUAUCUGGUUUAUCCGGUAGUGGAAAAACUGAAUCAUGUAAAUAUAUUGUUCAACAUAUACUUAGUCGUUCCUUAUCUGUUGAAAUAUCACUUAAUAUGAAAAUAAAUCAAGUUAAUCCACUUAUGGAAGCAUUUGGUAAUGCUAAAACAUAUAUUAAUAAUAAUUCAAGUCGUUUUGGAAAAUAUCUUGAAAUUCAUUUUUCACCAACAGGAAAUGUUUUAGGAGCUCAUUUAAAAGAAUAUUUACUUGAAAAAUCUCGUGUUAUAUCGCAUAAUAAUGAUGAAGGAAAUUUUCAUAUAUUUUAUUAUCUAUUUGCUGGUUUAUCUCAUGAUACGUUAGUCCGCAAUGGUUUAAGAAUACCGAGUGAACAUCGAUAUAUGUCACAUAAUAUUGAAUUAGCACAAUUGGAUAGUGCAAGACAAGUUGAAUAUAGAAAAAAAUUUCAAAUGGUUAAACAAAGUUUAAUAUCUAUUGGAUUUUCUAUUGAAGAUGUUCAAUCAAUAUUUACCAUUCUAUCAGCUAUAUUACAUAUCGGUGAUAUUGCUUUUAUUCCACAUGGUUCAAACGAUGGUGUACGUGUUAAAAAUAAUAGUACAAUUGAUAAAAUUGCUGAACUUCUACAAUUAUCAUCAAUGGAAUUUAGUUCAGCAUUAGUUACUGAAUUACAAGUAACACGUGGUGAACAAAUAUUUCGUGAAAGAAAUAUUAUUCAAGCAUCCGAAUGUCGAGAUGCAUUUGCUAAAGCACUUUAUGGAAGAUUAUUUAGUUGGAUUGUUAAUGGAAUUAAUUCAUAUCUACAACCAGUAGAAGAUGAAAGGUGA